AAUUGAAUCUUUUUUUCUGAUUUCUUGUUAGGUGGUUGAUUCAAUGGAUGCAUUAGAUAAAGUUGUCCAGGAAAGAGAAGAUGCAUUAAGGCUUCUUCAGACUGGUCAAGAAAAAGCUAGACCUGGUGCUUGGAGAAGAGACAUCUUUGGAAGAGUCAUCUGGCACAAGUUCAAGCAGUGGCCUAUACCUUGGUACCUAAAUAAAAAAUACAAUAGGAAACGAUUCUUUGCAAUGCCUUACGUGGAUCAUUUUCUGAGAUUGAGGCUUGAGAAACAAGCCCGCCUCAAAGCAAGAAAGCAAAGUUUAGAGAAAAAGAAAGAAAAACGUCUUCAAGAAAAGUUUCCACAUCUUGCUGAAGCUCAGAAGUCAAGUUCUGUCUAAAAAGUCUGACUUGUUAAUUUACUAUGUGUUUUUUCUUGUAUAAUAGUCUAUAUUCAAAAGUAAAUAUAUGUUAAGUUGUUUAUAAAGAAAUUGUGCUUUUGAUCAAAUGACCUAUCAGUUGUCCUGAGGGUUAACAUAGCAUGUAAAUUGUCAAAGAGGUCUGUCGCCUAUAAGAUUUUUACAAAUCCAGCAUAAAGUUCAGAUUAAAUUAAAUCCUGACAUCUAAAGAGGCGUUAAUAUUCCCUGCUUAUCUUAGAGGGUAUAGAACCGCCAAAGCUAAGGCAAUAAGUUAGUAUUUGGAAUUCAGAUAAACUUUUUAGUAUUACUUAUGAAUAUGAAAUGAACCAUAUGAGGACACUAUUGUUAAAUAAACAGUAAACACUUUCACUGAAAAUAAUGAUUAAAAAUACCUUUAGCUGGGGCUGGGGUUGUAGCUCAGUGGCAUAGCACUUGCCUAGCAUGUGUGAGGCACUGGGUUCAAUUCUCAGCACUGCAUAUAAAUAAAUAAACAAAAUAACAUCUUAAAAAAAUUUAAAAUAUAGCUUUGGUAUUUAAAAGUAGCAAGUCACAGCAUACAAGAGUCCAAAAAUAUUUCUGGAAUGGCUAGUAAUUUUUAUUUAAAUUUGCAAGCCUGAGGUAAAAGCAUAGGCAGUAACUUUUACUAGUCAAUAAAAAGCAAUUCUACCACCCACUGGUAAUUAAUAUACUAAACAGAGUUGGAAAGCAUUUUACUGAAAGCAAAAUAUUUAGAGAAAAUAGACAUUUAUACAAAAUUAUAAAAUGCUUGUAAUAAGAAUAAGUGCAUUUCAAGGAAAGCACAAACCCAUUUUAAUUUAUAGAGCUAGUUAAAGCCUUAAAAAAUUUAAGUGGAAAUUGAAAUAUGCAAAAAUGUAUAAACAUUCUACAAAAGAUGGUCAAUCUUUCCUGAGUAUACUAAAGCUAUGAAACGUAAGGUGACACAGGAAGGUAGAGUUUUGGGAACUCUUUUUCAAGGACAUUUCCUUUCUACACAUUGUUUCCCUCCUUCUUCAUAUUCUUGUUUGGAAAUCCACAUCUGCUGAAAGGUGCCCUGUAAAAUGGAAAGAAAUAAUUUUUGCCUUACUUAUUAAUGAAAAGUAUAUUUUGCUUUUAAUAUCUUUGUUUUAACAACUCUUAAACUUUGAAGAACUUUUAAACUCCCUUUCUAAACAAAGUACUCCAUAAUUCCUCCAGACCCAUCCCAAGAUACAAUGUAAACUUGCCUUUCAGGUUAUAAAGAAUAUUAAAUCCUUUUAUACCUGUGAA